GUUUGAAAGCUCAAUAAAUUUAAAAGCUCAAUAUGUUUUCGUGUCAAGGAUGAGUGAAUUCAUGAACGUAUUGAUUUUUUGUGACCAUAGGGACUCGUUUUCGGUGGAGCUAGACUAUUUGAGGAAACGAUUUGCAGAUGAUUGUGGCUCCACUAAAAUAAUAGCUCUUUGUGACUACUUUUCAGAUCAUCCAAUAUCGAAAUAUGAGCUCCUCACUGACAUAUUCAUUACUUUCAUGGAUUUAAUAUCAGUUCACAACAUAAUUGUAUUUUUCGUCUCGGAAUGUGCCUCUGAGUCAUAUAAAUGUCCACCAAAUAAACCUCCAGAGUUGGAUUCUUUCAUUAUGAAAUCAUUAUUUGAAUCAGAUAUUCCCCAAAACGGCCAUUGUUUAACUGAGUCCUCAUUCAACUGCUAUACUUUGAUGGAGUUGCUGCCAUUUUGUGCCUAUGAACGUGUUCUGGGAACUUCGAGGUUUAAAAAAAUGCUUUAUUUUUUCAAGAAACCUUCAGUGAAUUUUAAGGCAUCUCUAACGCGACAGAACAUGUUAAAAUCGCUAUUGUCUGGCAAUGGACUAGAUGUAUAUGAUUAUGAAGAUUAUAAAUUCACUGGGUUCGUUUUAGAGAAUGAAUUGGUUAAGUUGAAACAAACUUCGCACUUAAGACUGCCAAGCUGCAAAAACAAAAAAAACCAUGGACCAGCGUCAGAGUUCGUUUUGCCGGGGCAUAUCAGAAAGUUGGAGGAUGUCUUAGAUCGGUUUUGUUUGUCAGCAUUGAAUGAUGAAAACGAUUCAAUUUCUUCGGUGAAUAACAUAUUAGAUUUGUAUAUACUUGAAGAUUGGAGUUAUAAACUAAAAAGAAGUGAUCAGAGACUAAGAAACAUUUCUAAAAAGUCUGAACAUGAUUCGUCUCGUAAUCGAAUCCUUCUGAUAUCUGGUCAACCCGGUGUCGGCAAAACACGAUUUUUAACUAAUUGGUUGAACAAGCGGAAAUCUAAUGGUUUUACCAUUAUGAAUGAUGAUAUUAAAGUUAAGGAACUAAUUACAAUCACAGAUGCUGAUGAAACUAUAAAUAAUUCGUUGAGAGCAGAAUCAGAUAUCAUUUUUAUUGAAGAGUUUAUUGAACCGGGCAAAUGCAACUCAGAUAUAUGGCAGCUGAUAGAUGAUUUAAAUCGCAAGGCUAGAACAGCACGAUAUAAAAGCAGUGAACUAAAUUCAUCUUUGGCAACUUUGCUGUCGGGUUUAACUAGUGAGCAAGAAGAUUUUGAGAGGGCUCGUCAACUUCGUCAGCUUGGAUCUCGACUAUUAACAUCACUGAGUCCGACUAAUUCAAAUGACGAUCGAUCAGAUUUACCGGUGAUUGUGAUUAUAGAUGGCCUGGAAUACCUUGAAGAUCCUCUGGCCGAAACAGCUGAAGCAGUUAAAUGCAUUGAUUGGUUGUUCAGUUGUCAUCCACGUACAAAGGAAACCGAUAUAAAUGAAUAUGGAGGAAAUAAUAGUGGUGGCCUACCUAUAAUACCUAGUCGAACUCGAUUUAUUUUAACUUGUUCUUCAUCGCAUUAUAUAAAUCAUCAACUAGCCAAAUGUCCACUUGUCACUGUUAUUGAAUAUUCAAGUGUAUUGGGUCUUAAAGAGAAUAUGUCUAUGAAAAUUUUGCCAACAUCUAUUGGAAAUUUGGAAGAAACUAAUGAGGUUUUAAAAGAAAAUAAUCCAGUGACUAAUCAACUAUAUGAUUUGAUUUCCUCGUUUUUUCCUUUAUUAAACAAUGAUACAUUAAAUCAUAUUGAAGAAGCAGAAAUGAAUCAAAAAUUCAAUUUACAUUCAUUGCUUAAAUGUCGUGUACAAAUUGUAAAAGAUCGUUUAAGAAAUCCUACUAUCAAUAAAUUAUAUAAAUAUUGGUGCUUAAAAGAAAAUGCUCUAGCCCAGAAAAUAUUUAUUCACGAACUUUACAUCACUUCAUUCGGUUUUGACUCAACCAACAAUCGCAAGGAUAUUUAUAACUGGGAUGAUUACAUAGAACGUUUACUGGCCACGCAAUCAAUAAGACAAUUAUUAUUAUGUUUAUUACAACAAUGGGCAGUUGAGUUUGAAUACAAUAUUAUAACUAUAGAAGAAUUGUCACUAAGAAAUCCAAUGAACAAUAGCAAGGGAUAUUCUGCGUUAUCCACUUACAAUGAGGACAAGCAGAUGUCUGAACAUAAAAUUUAUUUCAAGACUCUGCUACAAAAAUCUACUACACAGCUUUCCAAAGAUUGGACAGUAGGAUUAGUUGGAUUAGUAUUUCAUACAUUGGUGGCUGCUUUUCGAUUCACUUGGUCAAACGAUAUCAUGUACCAGGAAGAAGAUGAAAAUAGUGGUUUUAAAUUUCAAGAUGUUCUACAUGUUCUAAAUAAUAUCAACUUACCAAGACACUUUGAUAUUCAGUCAAUAUUACCAUCUACAGUAAUGGCCUUGCAUUCACCUUUAUUGGGUUAUUACUGUUUGCGUAUUUUACAUCGUGCUGGUGCAUUUUCUCAAACGACAGACGGUGGAGUUUUACAUCAGACAAAUCUUGAUGGUUAUUUAAAAUUUAAUCAUGAAAUUAUAUACUCAGUAGUGAGACAGUUACUUGCACGAGAUAAUGGUGCUACUGGGAUCUAUCUUCCUUUGAUCACUACAGCCCUUAAAUGGUCCACUGGAAGUGAACAAGACAACACACUGUCAAACAUUUUAUCACGUCGCCAUCUUCAAAUUGUUUCAAAAACAUCUAAUCAACCAUUGUCAAACUACUCUUUAUCACUAAUUGAAAGUAAUCUUUAUAAAUCAAAACCAAAAAUUACAUUUAAAAGAAUUGGUCGUACAAUUGAAGCAGCUCUUUCUCUGACACAAUCUGGGAACACUUUUUUCACUAAUAAUCAAUUUACAAAUGCGAAGAAAAGUUUAAAUAAAAUAAAUGAUAAUGAUACUGCAGUAAUUCCAACUACAAUAAAACGUUCGUCUUCAUUAAGAGCAUCUCUUCAACUAGUACCUGACAUUUAUCGCAUCGCUUUAAAAUUCAAUGAUCUUUUAACUAGCAAUGACGUUAAUAAUUCAAACAGUCAGUUAUCAUCAGAUAAUUGCGCAUAUACGCGUCAUAUAUUACUUCUUACUGAAAUUAUGAAUUAUUUAGUAACAAAACCAAAUUACCCUGUAACAUAUGGGUUUUUAUCACGUUUAGUUAUUACUCAAAUUGAAAUGAUUUGUAUAGUCAAUAAUCUUAAUGGUGUUAAAAUAAUACUUAAUAACCUAGAAUUCAUUUUACUUCAUCCAUGUUUUCUUCUGUGUUUGGCAUUUCCAACAUAUACUACAGAUAUAUUUACUGGUUCAAUACAAAACUCUCAUUUAUUAGUUGCAUUAUGGCAAAUUAUUCACAAUUCAUUUAUGCUGAUUGAUAAAUUUCACCAAAAUGGCAAAAAUAAUAAUAAAUCUUCAUCAUUUGAAGAUGGUGUUAGAUCAUUAACUGCAAAAUUGAAUUGUUCCCAUGAAAAUGCAUUUAAUACAGCUAACACAAGUUAUAAUUUUAGUAGUAAUAACACGACAAUGAAGAGAAGCAUAACAAAACUGAAUGAACUUGGUCAAAGAGCUUUGGAUCACCUACAGUCCAAAAAAUACGCAAAAGAAAAUAGUAGUGAUUUGCCGAAUAUUUCCAACAGUUUCAGCCAACUCAAUGACUUAUCAGGUGAAAAUAAUUUAGAAUCGCUUGUAUGGAUUAUUGGUGAACUGAUAUAUUAUUUGGGUAACGAAUUAAUAUCUGUCCAAAUUUUGUCAAAAUUAGCUGCAUGUUUUAUAAACCGUAAAACUCUCUGUAAGGCAGAUAUUUUACAGUUGAGCCACCUAGGAUUAAGUGUUGUGAAUAAACUUCGUUACUUAAGAAAUGAAGUGAAUGAAUCAAUUGACGAUCAUUUUAUGUUAUAUCAAUCUAUCAUUUAUGAAACUGAAAUGAUGAUAACAGAAUGGCUAAAAGAAUCAUCUAUGCCAACGUUAUGUAAUACAGAUGAAGCCAGAUUCCUGGAACAAAGGAUUUCCACAGCUUUAGCUUAUAUUAAAAUGUAUCGACUAGAAUCUCUUAUUGGAUUGACAGAAAGCGGUAAUGAACAAUUAAAUUUAUUUGAAUAUCAAAUUUGUCAAACAAUACAAGAGACUAAACAAUACAAUUCUCAAUCAAUAGAUAGAACAUUAUUGGCUAUAAGUAUGUAUCUUUUAGCUAAAAUAAGACUGCUACAGAUGAAUACAAAAGAACAUGAAUUUCUAAUGUUUCAGGCUAUAAGUGAAUGUAUGGCAGAUCAAGGUGAAUAUCAUCCUUUGAUAGCUGAAUGGCUAGUAAUUUUAGCACUAUCUUUACAAAAACCACUUAAUGGUGAUAAUAAUGAAUUAGAUGAAAUAAACUUUCUUCGAAUGAAGUUUGGAAGAACUCGUGCACAAGAAUGUCUGCGAUGGAGUUUAGAUAUAAUGACAUAUAACCAAGAAAUUUUAAUAAGACAAGUUAUUCCUCCACCAACAUCUGUACUUUCGACUUUCAACCAACACAUUUAUACAAAAUUACAUAGAAGUAUUCUAUUACGUUCACCUCGAUAUUUGAUAAUACCGCAGAUUCAGCCUUCAUUAUCAUCACCAUUUUUAUCCAAAACUUCAAGAAGCACAAGCUAUAAUCUUAAUAAUUCUACUGAUAGAAAAGUAUCAAAUCUAUCAAGUAAUCGUACAGACAUCACAUUAAAUUUAAAUAAUCAACAUUUAUUCAGUAAUCCGUAUGUAUAUCAAACACUUCCAGCAGAAAUAUGUUUAAAAUUGGUUGUCUGUUUGUUAAAAGAUAAACGUCAGAUAAGUUUGCAAGAAGCUAUUACACGUGCUGCAUAUGUUCUACAUGAAAGGAGUUUGUUUUUAGGUGUUGAUCAUCCAGCUACUAUUCAGAUAUCUAAAAUUUUAGAUCAUAUAGAGCAUUAUCUCACCCAUGGUUGGACAUCUAAGGAAAUACAUAAAAAAGACAUAAAACAUCUACCCCUAAAGUUGACUAAAUCAAAGCUUCUAAAUGAUCGCAAGUCAGGAUAUUUGUUCUCUACAAAUCAAUCACAUGAUGAAUUAUUUGGACGGAAUCAAUCAAGACAACAUACUAGACUGUCAUCAAGAAAUUCCUUAUUCGAUGAACAGCUAUCAAAAGAUGUACCAACAAGAGCUACUAGUCGAACUGAACUACCUUCAACACGAUAUGAUCGUAAACAAUUGAAAAUAAAUAAUACAUUCAAAAUUUCAGGAUAUGAGUCUAGUUUAAAAAAUUUAGGUAAAAUUCAUUAUUUCUUAUCAAAGAAAAUAAACCAAUCAAACAAACAGAAAAACCUUUGAUUGUUCAAAAUAACAGAAUAUGAUGAAAUUGGAGAAGAUCAAUAUUCGGCAUCAGUACGUCAACUGUUUUGCAACAAUUUUUCGGACAAACAAAAGUUAUUAUUCUUGCAGUGUCCGUAUAUGUCUCUAUGCACAGAAGUGAAAGUUCAACGUUUAUUUGAGUAUUUCAGUAAAUAUGAAUGUUUAAUUUUUUUGUGGUGAAAAAUGUAAUAGAUCAUUACAUUCAUUUCACUGAAAUAAACUUUAGUGAUAAAUC